CACAAUUUGCUAAUGCAAACCUCCUUAAAGAUUGAAAGCUGGUCAGAAAAGACAUUAAAUUAAAUCGUGAAUUGGGUCGUGCUUAGCUGUUUAGGUCAUGCGGUCAAAGUUAGGAUAACACGCAGGGUGCUGCUAUCUCAAACUGUUGAGCCAAAUAGCUGGCUUCGACGUUGAUCUCAUACUAUUCGAGCUACAAUAUGGCGCAUGCGGGUGGUAGCGAGCCCGGAGUUUGCGCAACCAACUUGAGCCAGCCCACUUUGCUCUUCCUGCGUAAAGGCUUGCCUCGUCGUUUUUUAUGUUUUCGAAGCUGGCGCAUAAUCAGCGACCCUAUGUUUGACACUUCCGAUGUGGGAGGGCGCUUGGCAGACCGCAUGGCUGUCGAGGCUGGGUCGCGACGUUCCGACGCAAGCGGUGUCUCCCACAACCCGACCCUAACGCGGUACAAGACUGAAAUUGACGCCUGGCUGGCCGCAAACGCCACCUUGGCCCCAGCCGCGACAACCCCAAUCCAGCAGCAAUCCCAGGAUUCCCAGCAGACCUCACAGGAGCAGCCCGAAAGGUUGCCUGGCCCGGUGCCGGCCCUGGCUCUCAAUCCCCCCGACUGGUCCCUGCAGCUGGCCCAGCGGUACAUCACCGCGACUGCCGUACCGCCCUCCUACUUCUGCCCCCUGGCUCGCUGCGUGAUGCGUGAGCCGGUGCGGGACCGGCGGGACCCCGAGCGCGUGUACGAGCGGUCCGCCAUCACCGCCUUUGUACGGCAGUACGGGUGCAACCCGGUCACAGGCCAGCCCAUGUGCCUAGCCCACCUGGGCCGAGCCGCCUUCGAGGAGGACGCCAUACUCGAGUGGGUGGCGGAGCACACCACCACAACCACCACCACCUGGUGGGGAGGCGGGGGCAGAGGAGAGGGCGGCAGUAGCGGUAAUGGGCAACAGCAGGCGGCAGCGGCAGCAGCGGAGCAGGAGCAGGUGCAGGCAGGAGGACAACCGCCAGCAGCAGUGGGUGGUGUUGCUAGGGAGGCAGCCUCGGCGCCGGUGGCUCCAGCCCUGCCUGUGUGCGGCGGUGGAGGUGGAGGUGGCGGGGGCAGCAUUAACAACGUGGUCGCUGCCCUGACACCGCCUGGCAGUGGGAGUGGGGCUGCUGCUGCUGCUGCUGGUGGUGGUGGUGCUGCUGGUGGUGCUGCUGCCGCUAGUGCUGCUGCUGCUGCCGCAGCAGCUGCUGGCAGUGUGGACGCCUCGCUCAUCCCCUUGAACCCCACCCGACCCUGCAAGGACCCGCUGAACCCGCCGCUGGUGGGCCCCUCCACCCCGCUGAGCCUGUCCCGGCGCCGCGCCAGGAAGUGGUUCGGGGAGGGCUGCAAGGGUCGCACGCUGCGAGUGCGGGUGGUGUCGGACUGCCUGCUGCAGCCCGGCGAGCACUCCGCGCAGCUGUGCUACGCGCGGCCCCAGCGGCGCUUCCUGCUGCCGGGGCUGAGCCGGGUGGCGGAGGGCUGCCACCAUCUGGGUUGGAGCUGCGUGGCGGGUGGGGCGCUGCUGGUGCUGUACCUGAGGACACCAGGGGAGCAGCAACGAAGGGUGGCGGCGGAGGAGGAGCAGGGGGCGGUGCGAGAGAGGGAGCAGCGGGUGCAGCAGGUUGCUGGGGCAGGAGGAGCAGGCAGCGGAGUGGCAGCAGCUGCAGCAGCAGCGGCGCCUGCUGCAGUGCCUGCAGCUGCUCAGGGGCCGGCCGCUGCUGUGCUCGCCCCGCGGCUGUCCGGUGCUGCAGCGGCGGUCAAAGCCGCCGGGAUGACCGCGGCGGCAGCGGUGGCGGCGGCGGCCCCGCCCGGUGUUGUUGCGGCAGCACCCGCCGCUGCGGUUGCGGCUGCACCGGCGGGUGGCAUGAGCGGCGCAGCAGCAGCACCAGCGGCAGCACCAGCAGCACCAGCGGCAGCAGCAUCUCAUGCGGGCCCCAGCUCGCAGGGUGGGGCAGGGCAGCAACAGCAGCAGCCUCAACCACAGCAGCAGUUGGGAUUAGUAGUUGGUGGGCAAGAGCAGCAGCAGCAGCAGCUAGCAGAUGCAGCGGCCCCGACCCAGCAUGCAGCUGCGGGCAGGUCGAGCGGCACGGGCGGUCACGGAGGCGCAGGCGGCAGUGGCGGGCGGGCUGGGGGCAGCGGUGUCGAGGGUCGGGGCGCGGGUGCGGAUGCUGCUGCGGGUGCGGAUGCGGGUGCGGAUGCGGAUGCGGAUGCUGCUGCGGGUGCGGGCUCCUGGGACAUUCCGUUGAGCCCCAUGCAGCCAUGCAAGGAUCAGCUGCGGCCGCCGCUUGUCAAGACAACAAGCUGCUAUUUGUCGAUUAACCGGGCCAAGGAGUGGUUCGGCAGCUCCGACGCCGCCGCAGCCGAGGACAUCCGAACGAAGGUGGUGCUGGACGGUGCGGUGCAGCCCGAGGAGCACACGACCAGCCUCAAGCUGUAUCCAUCGAGACGUUCCUGCUUUGUGAUAGGUCUGGGCCGCCGUUUCAAGGUCAACUACCUCCUGGGUUGGAGCUGCACCCCGGGCGGUGUGCUGGUUGCGCACCUGCGUUCUCCCGCGGCGCAACGCGGGGUGGAAGAGGGGGCGACGGAGGCCGCCCCGGUGAGCCGGCAGCAGCAGCUGCCGGCAACGGGAGGAGGAGGUGCAUCCGAGCCGCCUGCAGGCCAGCAGCAGCCCGGGGGGGCGGCGCCAAGGGAGGCGACGGACGCGGCUGCGGCUGGAGUGUCGGUUGCGGCUGCAGCGGCCUCUACGGCUGCAGCCGCUGAUCGCUCCCUCCUGGCGCCACGUAGGCUCGCAGCAGCAGCCGCAGCUGCCGGGGGCGGCGGCAGCGGGGGAGCGGCUGCCGGCACCUCAGCCGCGGCUCCCGGCCAGGCCGCUGCUAACGUGCAACCUGGGGUUGUGGACUACCGGGAGAGGCUGCUCACCCACCGCUUCCUGUACAUCAACGCCGCCCAUGCGCGCCAGUGGUUUGGUACCGCCAACUCCAAGUCGGAUAUCCCGGUCGUGAUUGAGUUGGACGGGCGGGUGCAGUCGCCGACGUUCUACGUACGGGCGACACUGCACUUUUACAAAAAUUUUACCAUCGCCGGCUCGGACCUGCACAGGGCCGCGGCCGGCAAGUGGUUCCUGGGCUGGUCGCGCCCCUCCCCUGACGGCCCGCUGCACCUGCUGCUGCGGACAGCCACGCAGCAUGAGGUGGCGGCAGCGAAGGAAAAGGAGCGGCGGAAGGAACAGUCAAGGCAGCAGAAACGGCGCCGGACAGGCGGGGCGGAGGGCGCGGUGGAGGGCGGCGGUGCCGUCACUGGCACCCCGGAGCCGGGGGCCGGCGAGAGGGGCGUCAUGAGGGACGGAGUGGCGGAGGAGGGGGAGGGGGAGGGGGAGCAGGAAGGCCAUGAGCGGAGGCGGAAACGGAGCAGGAAUGCUGAGCUGUAGCGAGUAGCGUAGGGUUGCAAACUGCUAUCAUGAGCUAUGCUUUCGUAGCCCGUCACCUGUCUCGUGUUUUGUGUUUAGGACCUUGUGCAUGUUGAAUCGCUGACACACUGUGCAUCGACAUCAAACGCAUGCUGUACUAUUGUUUGGAAGUUGCUAGCACCUCUCGGCUUCUUGGUUGUGUUGAGGACAUCACCGUCGUUCGUUGGUGAGGUGCUUGAUGUACUUUGUGCUUAAUACGGCCCCUGGUCCUAAGGAAGGGCGCGGAUGUACACUACCUGCCACCAGCAAUCGCAUCAGUCUGGCAGCCUUACCCACAACUUGUCCGGAUGUACACUACGCUUCUCGAGGCUCCGCUGCGAGGCGAAUGGAUGCGGUGGCUGCGACUAUGCGCAUGCAAUGUACUGAUACCCACGGUGUACAUACGCUGGUGUGUUAAGAUAACUGGCCGCGAGGCGGAA